AUGACAGCGGCCGUACUGAAGCAGCUGCAGCUACGCAUGGAGUUUGAUCCGCGGUUUGACGGCAAGAAGCUGAAGCUGAAAGGGAAAGAGUUAAACCGCAUCCCCAGCGACGUCUUCAACAUGAUCGACUUACAGAUCCUCGACAUGAGCCCGACGCGAGAGGCAAGCUUAUUGUUUUCCCUCACAGCCGUGCCGAUCAACAUCAAUCGUCUGCAAAACCUGCGGGUGCUCAUCCUUGAUACGAACAAGUUGAAGAUUCUGCCACCAGAGGUCGCCGAGCUGCAGCACCUGGAAAAGCUGGCAGCGAGCAAUAAUUUGCUGACGUCGCUGCCCGCGAGCUUCGCCAGCCUCACCGAGCUCAGCACGCUACACCUGGCCAACAACAAGUUCCGCGCGCUGCCGCCGCAGCUGUGCCGCCUGCCGCGACUCGGCUUCCUCGACAUGUCCUGUAACAAGCUAACGACACUACCGGACGACAUCUGCAACCUGAUAAGCCUACAGGUUUUUCUGCUCGCAUACAACCGCUUGGGGUCGCUGCCGGAGCGGCUGGGUGAGAUGACGUGGCUGCGCACACUGUGGCUCGGGAACAACAAACUCACAUACCUUCCGGAGAGCUUCACCAACCUAGAGAACCUAGACUGGGGAGAGUACUACACGUCGUCUAACAUCAACGACAAUCCGCUGCAGGAUCCGCCCGUAAACGUCGCCUCGAACGGCACCCAGAGGAUCUCGGAGUGGAGAGAGGAACAACUGAAGCUUAAAGGUCUCUGGGAAGCCGAGAUGCGCCGGAGAGAGGACGCCCGGAGCCAGGAGGAGGAGCGCGCGCAGGAGGAGGAGAGGAGACAACGCGAACUGAUGUUGGAGGCGGAGAGGAAAAGGCAAGAGCGCAUGCGCGAAGAUGAGAGAAAAAG